AUGCACUUGACUGCCAGUUUUUCAGGAGAGAGGCAAGACAUUCUACUGGAUGUAACCUUCUACUGCAGCAGCUACAUCCGAUGCUUUUCUGGAAACAAUUAUCACCUUUUGGCAAUUCAUCAGAAGAGUGGGAAGCCAGCCUUUAUUUAUCACCAUUCACAAGACAUUGAAAAGAGUCUAGAUGUAACUCCACACAAGAUCUAUAAACACAACUACCGUUCUUCCCAUGCUCAAAUAAGCAAACACCACCAAAUUGUUAAUUCAGUAUUUCCUAGACCUGCAUAUGACCCAUCUCUUAAUCUGUUGGCUUUGGCUGGUCAAGAUCUUGAAGUGGAAAACCUUCCUAUUCCAGCAGCAAAUGUGAUUGUUGUGUUUUUACAAGCACCAGUGCAGUGGCCUGAGGUUCCUGCUUGUUCACACAUUCAUCAGGCUGUCAACAGUCUGUCUUUGGAUGUGAAGGCAGCAGGUGGUGUGGUGGAAGCAGGGAACCAAAAGCUAGCUGGUUCCAAUCCUGUUUCUGGUGGUAACUUCCUUGUGUGGCCUUUGAGAAACUUGAAUUGUAAAAGCUGCAUGGAUAUUGAUGCAGUAUGGACACUGCAAAUGGAAGUAAAUAAGCUGAAUAUAACUUUGCUUCAGAUAUUCCGCCAAGGAGUGGCAGCAGCUUUAGGACUCUUACCCCAGCAAGUGCACAUCAAUCGCCUCAUUGAAAAGAAGAACAGCAUCGAGCUAUUUGUGUCUCCCAUCAACCGAAAAGCAGGCAUUCCUGAUGCCCUGCCGGCUGAGGAGGUGUUGCGUUCACUUAACUUCAAUGUUUUGCAUCAAAGUUUAUCCCAAUUCGGAAUUACAGAAGUCUCUCCUGAGAAAAAUGUUUUACAAGGACAGCAUGAAGCGGACAAAAUCUGGAGCAAAGAAGGAUUUUAUGCUGUUGUCAUUUUUCUCAGCAUCUUUGUUAUUAUAGUAACGUGUUUAAUGAUUCUUUACAGAUUAAAAGAAAAGUUUCAGCUUUCCUUGAGACAAGAUAAAGAGAAAAACCAGGAGAUCCACCUUUCACCCAUUGCCCUACAACCCACGCAGUCAGAGGCAAAGACGGUCAACAGCAUGGUCCAGCCCGAGCAGGUCCAGAAGGCACUGGACGUGGUGGUAGACCCUCAAGGCCGACACACUCCUGAAAUCAAAACCACUACCUCUGUCUGCCCUUCUCCUUUCAAAAUGAAACCCAUAGGACUUCAGGAGAGACGAGGGUCCAACGUAUCUCUUACAUUGGACAUGACUAGCUUGGGGAAUGUUGAACCCUUUGUGGCUAUACCAACCCCACGGGAGAAAGUAGCAAUGGAGUACCUGCAGUCAGCCAGCCGGAUUCUCACAAAGUCACAGCUGAGGGACGUCGUGGCAAGUUCACAUUUACUCCAAAGUGAAUUCAUGGAAAUUCCAAUGAACUUUGUGGAUCCCAAGGAAAUUGACAUUCCACGUCAUGGAACUAAAAAUCGCUAUAAGACCAUUUUGCCUAAUCCCCUCAGCAGAGUGUGUUUAAAGUCCAAAAAUGUAACUGAUUCUUUGAGCACCUACAUUAAUGCUAAUUAUAUCAGGGGCUACGGUGGCAAAGAGAAAGCGUUCAUCGCCACCCAGGGCCCCAUGAUCAACACCGUGAAUGAUUUCUGGCAGAUGGUUUGGCAGGAAGACAGUCCUGUGAUCGUUAUGAUCACAAAACUCAAGGAAAAAAAUGAGAAAUGUGUACUAUACUGGCCAGAAAAGAGAGGAAUAUAUGGGAAAGUUGAGGUCUUGGUUAUCAGCGUAAAUGAAUGUGAUAACUACACUAUUCGAAACCUUGUCUUAAAGCAAGGAAGUCACACCCAACAUGUGAAGCAUUACUGGUACACCUCAUGGCCUGAUCACAAGACUCCAGACAGUGCCCAGCCCCUUCUACAGCUCAUGCUGGAUGUAGAGGAAGAGAGACUUGCCUCCACAGGUCGAGGGCCUGUUGUUGUCCAUUGCAGUGCAGGGAUUGGUAGAACAGGAUGUUUUAUUGCUACAUCCAUCGGCUGUCAACAGUUGAAAGAAGAAGGGGUUGUCGAUGCACUAAGCAUUGUUUGUCAGCUUCGUGUAGACAGGGGUGGAAUGGUCCAAACCAGUGAACAGUAUGAAUUUGUGCAUCAUGCUCUGUGCCUGUAUGAGAGCAGACUUUCAACAGAAACUGUUCAGUGAUUCACUGAAGCUCACCAGACCAUUGUUCUCUAGGGGUGAUUAAUCAAUUACCCAUUUGAGGCUUCUAGAAGAAACUUCCUGUAAUGGAAGGAAAGAGAAGUCCUGAAGCCAAGCUGCGGCAUGGAUUGUGGAAGACUUGACAAAUAUACGGAUUGCCAGCCCCUUGUGUAUAUGAAUGCAUUUGUAAGCAUCCCUUAAAUUAUUUUGAAGGUCCUAUGCUGAUUGGGGCAUGAUAGACUUCUUACACAGCUGAGGCGGACUUUGUUUUGCCUGUAUUGACUAUCUGCCUCACAGAAUGUAUGUAUGAAAUACUCAGUGAUGUGUCCUCAGAUGAUGACAGGAAGAGCUGCUGAAGAAAUUAUUACUGUGUUUUAGAUGCUUUAAUGUUUGCAAAAUCUGUCUUGUGAGUGGACUGUCAGCUGUUAAACUGUUCCUGUUUUAAGUGCUAUUACCCUUCUCAGUUACCAGAAUCUUGCCACUAAAGUUGCAAGUGAUCGAAAUGGAUUUUUAACAAAUUAAGUCCUUGCUUUUGAAAAAAUUCAAAAGCAGCAACUACUUUAUAUAAAAAUGUGUCUUGAUAAUAUUAUCUAUGAAAUGUGUGUUUAUCAGUACCUCCUGUCAAUUAAUUACAGAGCACAAUGAUUGUCAUUAGGUAUUACUUGUCCUUGGGUAUUAUAUUACUCUCUAUUAUUGGGCAUAGAAGUGGUUUCUGCUCCAGAAUUCUAUCCACUGUAUUUCUACAUUGUGAGUCAUUUUACUUUAAAAGGGAAAACACAAAUUUAUAGUAAUUAUGAUGUAUCAAGAAUUUUAAAUACUUGUCUUUUACAAAGAAGGAAAUUUUGAAUAUGCUGUCUACUUGGAAUCUUUCUCCCAAGAAAAGGCAGAUGCCUUUGGGAAUGAUACAACCUGUCCCAUUUCCAGAGGGUCUUCAAAGGACCCUGCCAUGGGUAUCCUUACAUUUCUCAAAGGUUUUAAUCCUCAAGAGACAAAUAAAGUUAAAAACAACUACACUCAGCAAACACCAGAUGUUCUGCUCAAAUAUGAAUUUUUAAUGCAAUCAUGUUGACUUUGUUUCAUACUGCCAAUAAACUCCUCUUAAUUCUAAAUAUUGA